AUGCUGUCCAAUGUCAAGAUCCCAUUCAAGGCCUUGCCAACAUUGCUGCCACACAAAGUCCGAAGGAAAUGGAGAGCUACCAAGUCGCGCAUACGGAGUCGCCAAACCCCAACCUCCUCCAUCGCCUCUCUACAAUCCUCCUUCUCUCCCACCGACACUCUGCGCUCACUACGCACCCAUCACUGGUCACACUAUGACGCCCAGUACCUUCUGCUCGCCAUCGUCGGCAUCUUCUGUCUCUCCGUCAUCCAGGAGCCCGGCCCAAUAUUCAAGACCUUCGUGGCCACCCUGUUGAUGAGCUCUCUCGUCUUGCCAGUCACUCGUCAAUUCUUCCUCAACUUCCUACCCAUUGCUGCCUAUCUCUUGCUAUUCUAUUCGUGCAAAUUCAUACCUGCUGAUUACCGCCCCCCAAUCUGGGUCCGAGUUCUGCCCACCCUCGAAAAUAUUCUGUACGGCGCCAACCUGAGUAAUAUCCUUUCAGCACACAAACAUGUCAUUCUGGACAUCCUUGCCUGGAUUCCGUAUGGUGUCGGUCACUUCGCUGCCCCAUUCAUCUGCGCCAUUGCCCUGUUCAUCUGGGGUCCACCGGGAACUCUCCCCGUCUACGCUCGUGCGUUUGGCUACAUGAGCUUGCUCGGUGUGGCCACGAACCUUGUAUUCCCAUGCUCUCCACCGUGGUAUGAGAAUCACUAUGGUCUUGCACCCGCAAACUACAGCAUCCCGGGAGAAGCUGCCGGUCUUGCCCGUAUAGACAAGCUAUUUGGCAUUGACCUGUAUGUACCUGGUUUUGCCAGCUCUCCCUCGCCGUUUGGCGCCUUUCCGUCGCUGCACGCCGCGGACUCGACCCUCGAAGCCCUGUUUCUUGGCCAUGUCUUCCCAAAGCUGCUUCCCGUCUUUUUGGGCUACGUGCUGUGGCUCUGGUGGGCUACAAUGUACCUCUCGCAUCACUACGCUGUUGACCUGGUUGCCGGCAGUCUCCUCGCCGCCUUCUUCUUCUUCUUUGCUCGCCAGAAAUUCCUCCCCCGCGUACAGCCCGACAAGGAGUUCCGCUGGGACUACGACUAUACCGAGAUUGGUGAGCCUGAAGAUGCCUACACUCAGGGCAUGCUGGACUUUUAUGAGGAAUUCCACCCGACUGGGAACUCGGACAGCGAUGAGUGGACAAUAGGCUCAUCAUCCUCCUUCUCCUCGGGUGCUCGCAGCCCCUCCAACGGACCGCCAAGUCCUGCCGAUGAACACAACUACACCUGGGAAAGCGACACUCUGGCCUCGCAUUCCGACCACGAGCAGUCUCACUGA